GAUAGUAAAUUCUGUCAUGGAGAGGCAACAGUGACGCUGAAGUUUAGUGCCUGGAAUUUAUAUUGAGUCGUUUUACUCUUUGAUGAGAGAGAGGUAAAAAGAUAAGGACAUAUUACAGCGACAGAUUGAUAGUGAAAUAAGAGCUCGAGUUUCUGAACAAGGGUGAAAGGACAGCCACUGGUAAUACAGUGUAAAUAACAGGAAUUGGUGAUAUCGCUGUGAGAAUUUUGACGACUAGACCAUAAACCUGACAUCAAAGAAGGCUUUAUUAGGCUCAUCAGAUAACCACUAUGAAUUCCUGUCCCUUUUUUGGUGUCAAUCGCCUUCUCGUCUUGUUGAUGCUGGCGCUCCUUGUCUAUAGGCUGGAGGCGUCCUCGGUCCCCUCUCGGCCCCCGCUCACCGUCGGCAGCGCGGAGGCAGAUUACCGGACGGAGACAGACGACGAGGCGUUCCUCACAACCGCCCCUCCGCCCAUAGGUCCUCCGCCCACAGGUCCUCCGCCCACAGGUCCUCCGCCCACAGGUCCUCCGCCCACUCUCCAUACAACGGCAUACCCUGUGACUACGGAGGCCGCUGUUGACGAGGGUUCGUGGGGCGACCUGGUGGUGGCCUUGGCGCGGCUGGUGGCGCCCUAUCUCAUGUACGUGGUGCCGGGACUGAGGCUGGACUGGGAGGGCGCCAUCGGCUCCGUCAGGUCGGCCAUGUCGAGUGUGGACGCCGCUAAGUCACCCGUUAUGGCGGCGGCGGUCGGCAUCGCCACGCUCGCCUCGCCUGUACUUCUCCAGGUGACACGGACGCUGGUGGGUUCCCUUGUGACUCUCGUCGACAACUCGCUCUUCGUGACGACCGGCCACGGCCUCGCACGCAGGGCAGUAGAUGAUGACCUUCUCGAUGACCUGAUGGAAGUGCUCGUGUCGACGGUGCGCGAGAUGACCAGUCAGCUCGGUCUUCCGCCCUGAAUAUUGUAUUUUUUGGGUUUUUUUUAUUGUUUUUUUUUGUUGUUGUUUUGUAGUUAUUUUUAUAUGUUCAUGUGGUUUUACUCUUUUUUUUUCUUCAUUUGUUUAUCUAUUUGUAUUUCUCUGUAUUUCAGUUUUGUUUUUUCGAAAGGGAUGGAUUGUAUAUUUUUUCGGUGAAUUGUAUUUAAAAGGACAUAUAUUGUAUGUAUAUAUUUUUUUUAUUGAUUCAAUGUGUUUUUAAAGAUGAAUUAUUGUACAUAUAUUUGUAGGAGUUUUUUUUUUUUUUUUUAUUAUUAUUAUUAUUAUUAUUAUUAUUAUUAUUAUUAUUAUUAUUAUUAUUAUUAUUAUUAUUAUUAUUAUUGGAUUAGGAUUAAAAUCAGUAAGAUAUUUUGUGGUGAAGUAUUAUAUAUUUUUGAAGGUUAAUUAAAUAUCUUUUAGUUGGAUUAGGAAAAGGGCAGUGUGCAAGCUUUAACAUUUACUCGUCAAAUAAAUAAAUAUACGUGAAUAUUUAUCUAGUGUGAUUCAUCCAUAUCAGUUAAAAACUUAUCAAUGUCGGUUUUGCAUUUGCGAAACUGCAUGCCAGACACGCCAUUUCGUUGUGUGUUUAUCGGCUUCGAAGAUUUAUCUAUAUUGUCAUAAAAAAAAUCUAAUCGUAGCUAUUGGCAUUGUCUUUAUUGCGCUCAUUAUCAUUUCCUG